CAGGUGACAUUUGUCAGCUGCUUGACAGUCGCUUUUUUGCUCGCUGGCUUGGCUGGCCAAUUUAUCUAACGUUUGGGUUAACCGCUGUUAACGCUGUUAGAAUGCUGUGGUGUAAUGUAUGAGGAUCUGAGAAAUCAGUUUAUGUAUUCAGAUGAUGCAUAACGAAAAGCGUGACCACGUUGGCAAGUAGAUGCAAGAGAGAACAGGAGCUUUAUUUUAGACACUGAAGGCAUUUAUAGCUAAAUAUCUUGUCUGAGGAAGAGAGGAUUAUCAUGGCUCCGACUUUGUUUGAUCAGAAGCCAGAACCCGGGGAUUUGAUUGAGAUCUUUCGGGGGACCUAUCAACACUGGGCAGUGUACAUUGGAGAUGGUUUCAUCAUUCACCUUGCCCCCCCAACUGAGAGCGCACAAGCCGGUGCCUACAGCAUGAUGUCAGUCCUGUGUGACAAAGCCAAGGUGAAGAAGGAGGAGCUGUGGGAGGUGGUGGGGACAGAUCAGUACCGUAUCAACAACCUGCUUGAUGACAAAUACAGACCCAGGAGCCCUAGUGCCAUAGUGAAGGAGGCCAAGAGCUGGGUGGGACAGGAGCUGCCAUACUGCGUCUUUCGAGGGAACUGCGAACAUUUUGCUACAGAACUGAGAUAUGGGAAAGCUGAGUCACGACAGGUGCGCCAUGCUGUGGAGGUAGGAGUAGGAGUGGGAGUGGCAGCUAUGAUUGGCGUGGGAGUCCUUGCUGCCGCUGCUGCCAUCUUUGGAGGCGGGAGCAAAGAAAAGAAGAACAACCAAUAAGCUGAGGGAGCUCACAGAAAUGCACAACCAACAAGCCUUAAUUGAAUUCUGCUCGCGUUGCCAUACACUGACCUUUUCCACAGCUUUCGGAAUGGCAGUUCUGCUCAGAUUGUAGAUAGCUUCAGAUGUCCUAAUUUACAAAGUAAAUGGCAGGCAGCUAAUAUAAGAAAACAAAUGAUUUGAACUAACUGAAAAUGAGUGGUUAUCACAGUUGCUUGUUAUUAGUUUUUAUAUGUAAUAUUAAAUAUGAUUAGCUCAGUAUUGGCUGGGGAACUUGAUGUGCAGCUCAAUAAUGGCAGGUUCAGAUCCCAGUUUUGAAUAUCGCUGUUGUAUCCUUAUACAGGCUAUUUAACUGCAUUUACUUCAGUAAAUAUGCAGCGAUACUGAUCAAGUAUGAGUUGUGUAGACAGUAACAGUAAUGAUGAAGGGCAGUAAUUAUGAAACGUGGGGAACAAGAUAAGGUCUGUAAUCAUUCUAGAUUAACACGAUGGGAAAGUAUGUUACUAUAAACCUGUAAAACACUAAUUCAGAUGCAUCUCAAAUGCAAUUAUAUUUUCACUAAACAUUAUUAUAAAUGUUUCACUUAGAUUUUUAAAAUGUGGGUAUUUAGUAAACGUUCACAGUAGACACCCUGUUUAAGCAAUAGAAAAUAAAAUGUAAGUUUUGAUUUUCUGCAUUAAAAUUGUUCAUGUUCAAAGAAAGAAAACUGCAGGUAAAUUAAAAUGCAUUAGCAGUCCCCUGUCAAUCUGAUGUCUUUUAAUAGUUUGUACUGUAUUUGUAGUAUUGUUAUAAUGUUAAUGUUAAAAGAUUAAUGUAAUAAAGAGUGGAUUAAAUCAA